AUGGAGUUAUCUGAGAUAUGACCUAAUUUAGCUAAUUAUAACUCUGCCUCUACUCAAGUGCCCUAUGCUGAUAGUAUAUCGGAUUUCAAGGUUAACAAAGUUUUUAAGACCAAGAUAGAAGAUAAUGAGAUCGUUUUUGAAAAAUGAAACCUUCAGAAAGAUAUAGCUUCUUCAUUCAAAACUGAGCAAAACUACCCAACAAAGAUUAGAAAUGAUGAUAAUAUUGAUAUUUUUGACGAGAAUGAAGCUCAAGAAUGCCCAAUCCAAAAAUUGAAAAAUUCGGAAACAGCAAUUCACCAUCAGAAGAGCAAGUCUAUCUCGACAACUUGAACUCAAAAGGCAUCAUUCUCCGUCUCAACACGUCCUUCUAUUCAACUAAACUCAUCUUUUAUACCUACCUCCUCCGAAAAUCUCUCAAAACCUCAAAAUACCACACAUAACUACUGAAAUCAAACAACAAGUUUCACCGUGUCUCCUUGAUCCAAAGCUUUGCCAAAGACUCCUCUUCACAACUCUCAGCCCAAACUCCGAAGAGAUCGUGCUACAAGAAGCAAGAACAGAUCUCUCAAGCGACAAGAGGCUGCUUCUGUUCAAAAGCUGCCCAGGAUCUCCCAAAAAUCUUGAAGAAAAACACUCUGAACUCAAAAGCACAAGAAAAGCCAGGAACAGAGAAAUCCAACUCUUCGAAACCCAUCAGGCGAAAACUUCAGGACCGAACUAAAGAAGCUCAGCAAGUCUUGGCUUAAAGAAAAAGUAUCGAUUAAGCCAAAGCAUUAUAAUGCUCAUAAGUCUUUACUGGGCCCAAGCACAACAAAGAAAAAUAUGAAACAUCUCUCUAAGUUAAGUAAUGCUCACAAGGAUAUUAAGAAAGCAACUCAAAAAGCUGAUUUCUUGUCCAGAAAUAGAAAGCUGAUGAGUGUAGUUAAAGCUCAUAGAGAUGCCCAGCAUGCUAAGUCACAGUCAAAGCCUCUGAGAGGUAUGCGACAAGAGAUGAGGAAGUCUCCAUCUCAUUCUCCUGAUAUUAGAACCUCUUUGAAAAUGAAAAAUCUGUUACAUAAAUUCAGAAGCACAAAAAUAUAA